CGGUAUCAGACUAAGAAAUCUUCGCGAGGCAGAGAGAAAAGUACAAACUUAAAUAUUUUCAUAACAUUACUAAAUUUUCACUUUUAUCAGUGCUAAACAAGUUACCACUAAUUGUUUUACUAUGUGCCGUGUUCUCUGGAUUUUGCAUGGCCCAAACUGUGCAGAGAUGGCCGUUUCCCAAUGACUGCCAUCGGUACUACGAGACCCGAUUGCUUGACUGUCCUCCGGAAUUUUAUUGGAACUCACAGCUACUACAAUGCAAUUCGCAGACUCCGGUUGGCUGUUCCUCCAUAGAUCCGAUAACGAAUUGGAACAACUCCUAUCCCAAUUCUCCACCGAUUAAAGAACCAGAAAAUUCCGAUCUUACGAAACUAUGCGAGAAUAAGCUCAACCAGCUAAUACCCUACCCAGCGGAUUGCACCAAGUUUAUUCGGUGUGAUUAUUUACCCUUCGUAAUGUGCUGCCCGCAAUAUCUCUAUUGGAAUUCUCAGCUCCUUACAUGCGAUAAGAUGUGUGUUUAGAGGGUUUUCUGAAACAACAUCGCACAAGCAGUUCCGGAAUUAAGAUAACGAAACAAAAUUCUCUUUUUCAUAUUGUGUUUUGUUAUUAAAUAUUAAUUACAGUUGC